UUUCUAGUUCUUUUAGGUGUAGGGUUAGAUUGUUCAUUUGAGAUUUUUCUUUCUUCUUGAGGCAGGCCUGUAAUGCUAAGAACUUCUCGCUCAGAACGGCUUUCACUGUAUCCCAUAGAUUUGGGGUUGUUGUGUGUUCAUUUUUAUUUAUUUCCAGGUAUUGCCCUAUCUUCUAAAGGGCUGACUUGUUAUUUUGGAUUUGGCGAAUUGGGGUUAGAGAGGAGAAGGCAAUGAGUUAAGGAGAAGUGCCUGAGAAAUCCAGGUCUUCCCUCCCCUAGCCAUCUCUCAGGGGAUUCUUCUCAAGUGCCACGGAAUAUUCCCAUAGUCCUUGAGGAUCGCCACCAUGGAGACUGGGAGUUGGGUUCUAUUUUUCUGGUGACCAAUUGUGUGGGGCCUCUGUACUGGAACUGCCAGGGUUCUGCGAAGAGGCAGGCCUGGGAAGCUCAGGCUUAGAGGAAGCCUUGGGGCAAAAGCAGAAGAGAGCUUAGGAGUGGACUCAUAGUCUUGGUUCUACUUUCAUCUCAGUGAUGUCCACCCUUUCAGUGUUCUUGGAUGUGCCCGCAGCCCAGAAGCUAGAAGGCAGCUUGUUAAAGACCUACAAACAAGACACUUACUCUAAGAAGAUGUUCCUGGCCUAUAAAGUCUGCAUGUCCCAGGAAGGACAACCCUGGGCUUCUUUCGUGGUGCACAAAAUCCGACGGCAGAUCGCACAGGAUCCCUCCCUGAACUAUGAGUAUCUACCGGUGAUGGGCAUGAAGUCAUUCAUCCAGGCCUCGUUGGGACUUCUCUUUGGAAAGCACAGCCAAGUCAUCGUGGAGAACAGGGCAGGGGGUGUGCACACUGUUGGUGACAGUGGUGCCUUCCAACUUGGGGCCCAGUUCCUCAAAACUUGGCGUGGGGAUUCUCAAAUAGUCUACGUCAUUUCUUCUCAAGUAGAACAACAUGGACUCAUCUUCCAGGACAUGGGCUUUAUAGUUUUUGAAUUCUCCUUCUGGGACUCUGAGCAGCUGUGCAUGGACCCCAAUAUACUCUUCAAUUUGGUGAAGGGGGCCCCCGAUGGCUGUAUCUUUGUGAUCGGGAACAUUGACUACUGCAAGUUGACACAAUGUCAGUGGACAAAGUUGAUGGCCACCAUGAAGAGAAAGCGGAUAUUCCCAUUUUUUGACAUUCCCUAUCAAGGUUUAUCUACCGGUGACCUGGAAGAAGAUACUAGAUUCUUACAAUACUUCAUAUCUGAAGGCUUUGAAUUCUUCUGCAGCCAGUCUCUGUCCAAGAGUUUUGGCAUUUAUGAUGAAGGAGUGGGGAUCCUAGCCGUGGUGGCACUCAACAACCAGCUCCUGCUGUGUGUCCUCUCCCAGCUGAUGAACUUCGCCCUGGCCCUGUGGCUAAACCCUCCGACCUCGGGUGCUCGCAUUAUCACCUCCAUCCUCUGUAACCCUGCUCUGUAUGAAGCAUGGAAGCUGAGUCUGAAAGAGGUUGCAGAAAACAUUAUGCUCAUCAAAGAAAAGUUUAAAGAGAAGCUCCGGCUCCUGGGAACCCCUGGCUCCUGGGAUCACAUCACUAAUCAGGAUGGGACCCAUGGGUAUCUUGGACUCAACUCCCAACAGGUAGAAUAUUUGGUCAAGAAGAAACACAUCUACGUCCCCAGGAAUGGUCGGAUUAACUUCACCUGUAUCAAUGCCUCCAACAUAGAUUACAUCACUCAGAGCAUCAACGAGGCUGUCAUCUUCACAAAGGGCUCAGGGGGAAAAAAAAAGUCUCCAGCAAGUCAAUAGCUCCGAAGUUAGAAUAAAAGCUUGAGUCUUUGCAAAAUUCCUGUGCUGAUUAUUCAC